AUUAACAAACUUGAUCGACGGCCACGCGGGUCACGUCAGCAAUCGGACCGCCAAGCGUUUCCCAUCCCGGUGUUUGGCAACGGAGGAAGAAAAAGCUCCGUGCGGAUCUCGCACUUCACAUGAAUCCCAUUCCCAUCAGACUUCCUUUGAUAUCAAGUCCCAAGUCGCAAGUCGCAAGUCGCAAGUCCCAGGGCAGUCUAGCGAUCACCUUUCGGGAGAUUUAUCUUCAACAGCUGUGAACUGAACUCCCGGCAACACUUCCAAGGAUCGUCGCUCACUAGUAUCAACACCCUUCGUAAAAUGGAAAAUUCUGGAAAUCCACAAGAAAUGACUGUGCCACCAGUGGAAGGUGUCGCUGGAGGAGGGACAGCUUAUGGAUGGAGUGAUGGUGUAGUGCACCCUUCAAAUAGCCUUAAGGGGUCGACAGAUCCCACAGAGGUUCCAUCAGCUGAUUUAUUGCAUGUAUGGUGCAUGCCAAGCACAGCAAAUGUUGGACCCCAAGAAAUGCCUCGACCCUUGGAACAUGUAACUCUUCUAGCGGCUAGGAAUGAGAGAGAAAGCGUUCAAAUUGCUAUGCGUCCGAAAGUUUCUUGGGGUGGUUCUGGUGGGGCUGUACAGGUUCAGUGUAGUGACCUGUGCUCACCUUCUGGUGAUAGGUUGGUUGUUGGAGAAUCAUUGAAGUUGCGGCGGGUGGUGUCCAUUUUAGGUGUUCCAGAUGCUCUUGUACCCUUGGAUCUGCCAGUUAGUCAAAUAAGCCUACUUCCAGGAGAAACAACAGCAAUUUGGGUUUCUAUAGAUGUUCCGAGUACGCAACCCCCUGGUCAGUAUGAAGGGGAGCUCAUCAUCACUGCUACAAAAGCCGAUGCAGAAUCUCGAGCAAAGUGCCUGGGCAAAGCUGAGAGGCGUCAACUAUACAGUGAACUUAAGAACUUCCUUGAAAUUGUAGAGCCGAUUGAUGGAAAACCAUUGGAUGAAGUUGUAGAAAGAGUGAAAUCUGCCACCACGACUUUAAGAAGCAUUUUUCAGUCACCUUCAUUUUGUGAGUUCUUUUCAGAUGGUCAUCCAGUUGAUAUGAUGGAUGAAGAUGCUAUUUCAGACCUCUCAGUACGCAUGAAGUUGAGUUUGACAGUAUGGGAUUUUGUUCUUCCAUUGACACCUUCGCUUCCUGCUGUAUUUGGUAUAUCUGAUACCGUCAUUGAAGAUAGAUUUGGUGUUGAACAUGGGACUGAUGAGUGGUAUGAGGCAUUGGAUCAUCAUUUUAAGUGGCUUCUUCAAUAUAGAAUUAGCCCUUAUUUUUGCAGAUGGGGUGAUGGCAUGCGUGUUUUGACAUACACCUGUCCAUGGCCAGCUCAUCAUCCAAAGUCAGAUGAAUAUUUUUCAGACCCACGACUUGCAGCAUAUGCUGUACCAUAUAGUCAAGUAGUGCCUGGUGGUGCAGAAAAGGAUUACUUGCAGAGAGAAAUUGAGACCUUAAAGACAAAGACUCAUUGGAAGAAAGCAUACUUUUACUUGUGGGAUGAGCCUCUGAACCUGGAACACUUUGAUAACAUACGCAACAUGGCUUGCGAGGUUCAGGCUUAUGCUUGUGAUGCUCGUAUUCUAACUACUUAUUAUAGCGGGCCAAGUGAUGCACCUCUUGCAUCUAAUAACUUUGAGGCUUUUGUGAAAGUUCCAAAGUUCUUACGUCCUCAUACUCAAAUUUAUUGUACAAGUGAGUGGGUUUUUGGUAACCGAGAGGAUCUAGUGAAGGAUAUUAUUGCAGAACUACAACCAGAAAAUGGCGAGGAAUGGUGGACGUAUGUGUGCAUGGGACCAUCCGAUCCUCAUCCCAACUGGCACCUUGGGAUGCGAGGUACACAACAUCGAGCUGUGAUGUGGCGCGUAUGGAAAGAAGGUGGCACAGGGUUUUUGUAUUGGGGUGCCAACUGCUAUGAGAAGGCAACAGUCCCUAGUGCAGAGGUAUGCUUUAGACGUGGCCUCCCCCCAGGGGAUGGGGUCUUGUUUUACCCUGGUGAAGUGUACUCAACUUCUCAUGAACCAGUUGCUUCAGUUAGGCUAGAGCGCAUUCUCAGUGGCUUGCAGGACAUCGAGUACCUGAAGCUCUAUGCAUCAAGAUAUGGUAAGGAGGAAGGAGUUGCUCUCUUGGAAAGGACAGGUGUAUAUAUGGGCCCUGAGCGGUACACACUUGAGCACAUGUCAAUUGACAUGAUGCGGGGUGAAAUCUUCAAUGCAUUCCGAUGCUGAAAGACUUAAAUUUUCCAAGACAUCACUUGUUUCCUCUUGUAUUUCUGUUUUGUAUUUGACUUAAAUUUUCCCAGACAUCACUGAUUCCUUCUUUGUAUUUGUGUUUUAUAUUUGUAUUUAUAGAAUGUUUUGUACACUCUGAAAAUGGUAGACAAACGUGAAAACCUCAGUGAAACUGUGCAGAUGUAGGAAACUUAGGAUAGCCAGGCGCACCCUGGUUUUUCGCCACUCCAUUUCCAUGUUCUGAUGUUUGCGACCUUGAAUUUUGCUUUCCAAGUAAUUUUCUGCCAUUUGAUUACUUUGUUUCUC